AUGUCGCCUUUAAGUAGAUCUUGGGAUAAUGCAUCAUUAUUGAGUGGAUUUAUCAUUCAAGCAUAUAUUUUUCAAAUUGGUAUUGUUACCGAUAAUGGUUCCAUUGAUGAUGAUGUAUUACUAGUAAUUGAUAAUACAGUUUUUGAAGAGAAAGCUGUCCUAAUUCUUUGGGAAUACAAAAAUGAGAUAGGUACAGGAGGAAAAGAUCCUUCAAUUCAAGGGGGUGUGACCGAAAAGAUUCGCAAUAGUUCUUGUUACCCAUCCAUUAUUCUUGCUAUUGCAGGGUCUUGGAUUUGUGUCCUUGGUGCUGUGUAUCUUGAAAACCCCGUAAUUGAGCUACUCACUGAUUUCAUUCUAAUGAUGAAUCGCCCUGAAGACAAUGGAAAAAGAGUAGAAGAGCUUGCAGUUUUUUUUGAGUCUUUACAUCUUGCCUUUCAGACUUUAGAUAACUACUACAAAGGCUUAAAAGAAUUAGAUGAGACCGAAGCUGAAAAGAUACAAAGGACAGCUUUCUCUCCGAAAACUGUAUUAUCAGUUAGUAGUACAUCAUCAUCGAUGGAACCAUUAUCGGUAGCAAUUGAUGUUUGUUAG